UUUCUCUCAAAUAGCGAGGGCCCUCCCCCAGUGGCUCCACCGUAGAGGUGACCUGAUCCCUGAGGUUCGUUUUGCAGGGGCCGUAAUUCUCCGCGCAGUUCCGAAUCAUGCCUGAGCCAAUCAGAGUCCUUGUGACUGGAGCAGCUGGUCAAAUUGCAUAUUCACUGCUGUACAGUAUUGGAAAUGGAUCUGUCUUUGGUAAAGACCAGCCUAUCAUUCUUGUGCUGUUGGAUAUCACUCCCAUGAUGGGUGUCCUGGAUGGUGUCCUAAUGGAAUUGCAGGACUGCGCCCUUCCCCUCCUGAAAGAUGUCAUCGCAACAGAUAAGGAAGAAGUUGCCUUCAAAGACCUGGAUGUAGCCGUUCUUGUGGGCUCCAUGCCAAGAAGGGAUGGCAUGGAGAGGAAGGAUUUACUCAAAGCAAAUGUGAACAUCUUCAAAACCCAGGGUGCAGCCUUGGAGAAAUAUGCCAAGAAGUCAGUUAAGGUGAUUGUGGUGGGAAACCCAGCCAACACCAACUGUCUGACUGCCUCUAAGUCGGCUCCGUCCAUCCCCAAGGAGAACUUCAGUUGCUUGACGCGUUUGGAUCAUAACCGAGCUAAAGCUCAGAUUGCUAUUAAACUUGGUGUGACUUCUGAUGAUGUAAAGAAUGUCAUUAUCUGGGGAAACCAUUCCUCAACUCAGUACCCAGAUGUCAACCAUGCCAAGGUGAAACUGCAAGGAAAGGAAAUUGGUGUUUAUGAAGCUCUGAAAGAUGACAGCUGGCUCAAGGGAGAAUUCAUCACAACGGUGCAGCAGCGUGGCGCGGCUGUCAUCAAGGCUCGAAAACUGUCCAGUGCGAUGUCUGCUGCGAAAGCCAUCUGUGACCACAUCAGAGACAUCUGGUUUGGGACCCCAGAGGGAGAGUUUGUGUCCAUGGGUAUUAUCUCUGAUGGCAACUCCUAUGGCGUUCCCGAUGAUCUGCUCUACUCAUUCCCUGUUACAAUCAAGAAUAAGACAUGGAAGAUUGUUGAAGGUCUCCCUAUUAAUGAUUUCUCACGUGAGAAGAUGGAUAUCACUGCAAAAGAACUAACAGAAGAAAAAACAACUGCUUUAGAAUUUCUUUCCUCUGCAUGACUAGACAAUCAUUGUGAAGUUACUAAAUACUCCAAAGCUGAAGAAUCUAAAUGUCGUCUUUGACUCUAGUAUCAAAUAAUAAUGCUAUACUUAAAUCACAUGUGAAACAGAGCACAUUUUAAAGAUUGUGUGCUUCUCGGUACAAAUUUGUGAAAGUUCAUCAUCAUGCUACUAGUGUUGCAUUCUAAAUAAAAUAUAUAUUCAAGUGAA